AUGUCUUACGAUUUUCUUUUUAAAUAUAUCAUCAUAGGAGACUCAGGUGUUGGAAAGUCCUGCCUUUUGCUUCAAUUAUUAGAUAAAAGGUUCCGAUAGAAGCAUGAAGUUACAAUUGGAGUAGAAUUCGGUGCUAAGCCCAUAGAGGUUGAUGAUUUAAACGUAAAGUUGCAAGUGUGGGACACUGCAGGACAAGAGGCAUUCAAAAGCAUUACUCGAACUUAUUAUAGAUCAGCUGCUGGUGCUUUAAUUGUUUAUGAUGUCACAAAGCGAGAAUCCUUUAACAGUGUUUAGACUUGGAUUGAAGAGGCUAGGCAGAAUGGAAACUAGACAAUGAGCAUGAUUUUGGUUGGCAAUAAAACUGAUCUCGAGUCAAUGAGGGAGGUAACCACAGAAGAAGGAAAGCAGUUGGCUAAGCAAUAAAAUAUAUUGUUUAUUGAGACAAGUGCAAAGACAGGAGAUCAUAUUGAUGAUGCCUUUGUUAUUAGUGCUAAAGAAAUCAUCCAAAAAUUAAAAAGCAAAUAAAUUGAUUUGCGUGAUGAAAAUUGUGGUAUUAAGAAGGGUGCAAAUGCUCAAAACAAAAACACACUUCAAAAUUCAGAUGACGAUAAAAAAUAACUAAAUAGUUGUUGUUGA